AUGAACCAUUCGGAAGUAGAUGUUUGCGCGUUGAUAUCAACCAAGGAGGAAGAAGAUUCUUUUCAUCAACAUACAAGUGCUGUAGAAGGAUUUGAUAAUAAUAUUGCAUUUUUCUUUGAUCCAGACGAAUGCGUCGAAUUUAUAUUAUCAAUUCAUCAAGAAAAGUGUCUUCUGAUUCUUGGCAAGCAUCAAUGUCAUCUAGUGGAUAUUUUUUCCACUUUACCUUGUGUUUUCUACAUUUAUUUGACUGAAGCACAAUAUUAUGAAGAUGCGUCUCGUGUACGAUGCAUUAUUUCUAGUCCCGGAGAACUGCUGGCCAAGUUGAAGAAAGAUAUAGCGAUGCUGGAGAAGAACGAUCUAAAUUUUAGUAUUUCACCGACCAUAGAAUCUAGACUACAUGGAUCAACAACAACAGAUGUUCGUGACGAUAAAUUAGCAUUCUGCUACACACACACAAUGCUACUUGUACUGCUUCACACACAGAAACCAACUAAUAACAUUCAUACAGAUAUGCUCAAAGAAUGUCGCGCUGCUUACGAUGGCAACGCAAAAGAACUUGAAAAAAUCGACGAAUUUGCAAAGACAUAUGAAUCAACGAAAGCAAUCUCUUGGUAUACAAAGGACUCAUUUCUCUAUCGACAGCUUAAUGCUGCACUCCGUAGAGCAAACAUGCUCAUCAUCUGGAAGUUCAGAUUUAUCAUUCAAGAUAUAUAUCGCCAGGUUGAGACAUUGCAUACGGAGCAAACCAAGAACGUUAACGGUAUAUCCCACAAUACUUAUCGACUCUAUCGAGGUCAACAUAUGACUUUAAAUGAAUUCAAGCAAAUAAAAGAUAAUGUUGGUCACUUGAUGGCAAUAAACAGUUUUCUAUCCACAACAAAAUACCGCAAUCUAGCAGAAAUAUGGGCCGGUGAUGGUGAAGAUCGACCAAAAUUGGAAUCAGUUAUAUUCGAAAUCAUCAUUGAUGAAUCUAAAUUUGGAGACAUAUCGAUAGUCUUCGCUGACAUUACUGUGGAGAGCAUCUUCGAAGAAGAAAGAGAAGUGUUACUAGCCAUGGGCACAACAUUGCUUAUUGAAUCGGUGGAACCUGAAGGAAAUGCUUGGAAAAUCUGCUUUUGCGCAUGUCCAUUUGAAGAUAGAGUAUAUCGAGAAUUAAAAACGCGGCUCCCAAAAUGCGAUGAAUCAUUAAUAUUCAAUGAGAACAUGUCGCGGCUACUGAUUGGACAAGCACUUCUCAGUAUGGGUGAAAUCGAAAAAGCACAACAAAUUACUCAACAUAUCGAUCAAUUUGAAGAUCCGAUAGCUAAUUGUAUGGAUACAAUACUCAAAUCGAGCAUAGAAUUCCAGAAACCAGAAUCAGACAGUACUGAAUCUAAUGAGCGGACUAGACUAUGGGAAAAUUUAUCUAAAAUGAAAGAAUCUUUCAAAGCCGUCAAACCAUUGAUGGGCUUUCAUGAUAAUUCCUAUCUAAAUAGAUUGCAGAUAGCAGAGAAAAUGAUUGAUUUCAGUAUGGAAAUGGUUUCGACAUCACAUUCAGAUAUCUCCACUUUUUUAAGAUUUGUGAUGCCUUAUUUGGUUAAAGAGAGCCAAAACCAAGGACUAAUUUUAGAGAAUGAUAGAAUGCGUUAUAAUAAUUCACCAAGGUGUCCCAUGGAGGCGAUUGGUAUUUCGAGUCGAGAAAAUGAACCACUUGGAUUACCAAAUUUUGAGCAAAUACAGUCAUUGAUGGAUCAAUCUUUUAUUAAGAAGAAUCCGUGGCAAAAUAAUAUACUACGCGGAAUUGCUUGGACAGCUGCGCAGGAAAACGAUAAUGACAAAGCUAUUCAAUGCUUACAAGAGGCUCUCUUGCGUUCAUGUGACGAUGAUCAACGUGCGGCAGUAUGCAUACAACUAGCUCUUAUCUAUAUAAAGCAAGAAAACUGGCGAGCAGUUCUCGAAACCUGUGAAAAAAUUUUCAAUAUGCCAAAAUUAUCUGAAAAAUCACCCAUGCUUCUUUCGGCACAUGACAUUUCCGCAAGUCUAUAUCAGCAGUUUAAAGAUAAUUGCAAUGCAUUGGUACACUAUAAAAGAGCAGUAGAACUUCGUUGUCAGCACCAUUCAUCUCAUGAUCCUAAGGUCAGUGCAGACAAAAUGCGGAUUGCAUUAAUUUUCGUAGAAUUGAAAGAUAUGGAUGCUGCUUUCAAGAUAUUUGGUGAAGUUAUUGAGCUUGGUCAUUCUAAAGAUACAAUAGUCGCUUAUGAACGUAUGGGCUUGAUCUACCUCGCGAGAGGAGAUUGUGACAUGGCGCAUUAUUGUUUUACACAAAGCCUCGAGAUGGCACAACGCGAGGUUUCUCCAGAUAUCGAUUUAAUUAUAAAAAACCAUCUAAAUUUUGCCAUGGUCGAAUAUAUUUUGAAACAUUUCGAUGAAGCAGAUGCUCAUAUGAACGAAGCUGUAACCAUGUCGAAUAAUUGUCAAUGUACCCAGCGAACGAAAAAUAAAAUUCAAGAUACACUUGAUGUAUUACGCAGCCGUGAUACUCGCAGACACAUGACAACGAAUCAGAGAGAAAUUCGCGACCUGAAACAUUUUUCGUAA